AUGGCAUACGGCCACCAGGGAUGGAAAUGGGCAGAUAAUGUCAGAAAUCAAAUUGAACGAGUCCGAAUAUCUCUUCCCGGCCAUUACCUCAGCAUCCCACGCAUCCACAGCAGUGAUACGAAUCAACCCUGCUCAAUACCAGGUGACUCCUACUACAGCACGAUCCGCGACGGAGCCGGAGUCGGAUACCAGUACACCAACAACUGCAACGCAUCCACGACUAAGGACUUGAGUGGCACCAUCUGGAACUACGUCAACCGGACCAUCGUCAACGACGGAACCUCGGUCUUCAACAUCCCACUCCUCCGUCGGGACGAUCUCAAGACCUUCUUCAUCGUAUUUCCUGGCUCGGCCAAUACGGAGAAUUUCGAGCAAGAUGCAAAGAUCAAGUUGGUCGAUUACGGCAACCCGACAUGCAGCGGCUGCCAGGUUCAUGAAGGGUUCCUCGAAGCCUGGAACGCCGUCCGCGGUCCGACCCUCAAACUCAUCAACGACAACAUCAAAGGCCCCUACGCAAACUACAAUCUCUUCAGCACAGGAGGAAGUCUCGGCGGCGCGCUCGCAGCACUCGCAUUCGCCGAAUUCCGCACCAACACCGCUCUGGGUCUCAGUGCGAAGACCACGCGAGGAUACUCCUUCGGCCAGCCACGCACGGGGAAUUUUGCGUUUGCGAAAUGGUUCAAUGGCAAGAGCGGCGCGAGUCCGAGCCAAGUGGGCGAUUUUAUCAGGGUGACGCACGGAUAUGACUCCAUCCCCCGCUCCCCUCCCGUCUCCAACGCCUACGGCAUCAACCAAACGCCCAACGACAUUUACCAACACCACGGCACCGAAGUCUGGGAACUCGACAACCCCAGCAAUGGAAACCAUCCGAGCGCCAGCACGACGUACGUCUGUCCCAUGCGCUCGGAUCAGUCGGAGAGCGGCGAUUGUGUGACUGCGGCGUUCAACCCGGGGAACACUGGCGAUCACGUCACUUAUGCGGGAUACGAUGGGCCGGUGAAGUGGGAGGUAGUAGCAUGUGGCAGGACUUGA